ACACUCCUCCACCAGCCACCAACAGCUCCGCCACAAUACUGAAUAAUGAAUCUGUGCGAUUAACAUGCACCGCCUACAAUAUGCGAAUCAUCUAUAGGGUGUACAGUAUAGAGUGCGUGUCCUGAAAGACAAUCUUUGUGGUUGUUGCCUGUUUGAAAGCGGUUGUGUAGAGGAGGAGUCAGCAUGUGCCUGGUAGCUCCUUCCUCUGACCUUGGCUUCAGAGAGAUGGAGAGAGAAAGAGGACAGAGUGUGUGUGUCUGUGAAGCGGUGGAGCUUAUUCCUGCACUGCAGCUGUGUAUAUGAUACCCGAGUUAAUGUGGCACCAACAGCUCUAAAUCCACUUGGGAAUUGCCAGAGAAAAACAGCGCGAGAGAAGAGGAAGGAAAGCAUGUCUGCAGCAUGUGCACGCCGCAGAGAAGCAGCACGAUGUCCACUGUCUGGUGCCUUCUGGAGGUGAGCUGACUCCUGUGUGGGUCAUCGGGGUCAUUUGAGGAGCAGAUAUGUGGGACGGACAGUCUAAGACGGGUCAUUUGCACGCUCUAUUCGAUGUCUUUGUUCAAGCCGUCACAUGCAGGGAGACCCUCAGGGCCUUCCAUGAGCUGUGUGAAGAGCUGAAGCUGCAUCCCGGUGGUCAGCCGCAGUUCUACCACACUCUGAGGAGCAGACUGCACUACUGGAAGGCCAAAGCACUAUGGGCCAAACUGGAUAAAAGAGCCAGCCAGAGAGAAUACAUGAGAGGCCAUGCUUGCACCAGCACCACGUGUCUGAUCAUAGGUGCAGGUCCGUGUGGAUUGCGGACAGCUAUAGAGCUGCGGUUUCUGGGUGCCAGGGUGGUUCUGGUGGAAAAGCGAGAUACUUUCUCACGGAACAAUGUUCUUCACCUUUGGCCAUUCACCAUCCAGGACCUCCGUGGUUUGGGGGCCAAAAAGUUCUACGGGAAGUUCUGUGCUGGAGCCAUAGACCAUAUCAGUAUUCGUCAGUUGCAGCUGAUGCUUUUAAAGGUGGCCUUGUUACUGGGCGUUGAGGUUCAUGUGAAUGUGGAGUUCAAACAUCUAGUGGAACCUCCAGAGAACCAAGAGAAACGUGUCGGUUGGCGAGCAGAGGUCCACCCCAGCUCUCAUCCAGUCAGUCAGCUGGAGUUUGAUGUGGUUAUUGGGGCAGAUGGUAGAAGAAACACCUUACCAGGGUUUCGCAGGAAGGAGUUUCGGGGGAAACUGGCCAUUGCCGUCACGGCGAAUUUCAUCAAUCGCAACACCACGGCCGAGGCUAAAGUGGAGGAGAUCAGCGGUGUUGCCUUCAUCUUCAACCAGAGGUUUUUCCAGGACCUUCGGCAGGCUACCGGAAUUGAUCUGGAGAAUAUAGUAUAUUACAAAGACGACACUCAUUACUUUGUAAUGACCGCCAAAAAACAAAGUCUUCUGGAGAAAGGAGUCAUUCUGCGCGAUUAUGCUGACACUGAGAUGCUGCUGUCCAGGGAUAAUGUGGACCAGAAUGCACUGCUAUCAUACGCCCGUGAAGCGGCUGAUUUCUCUACUAACCAUCAGCUCCCUACGCUGGACUUUGCCAUCAACCACUAUGGGGAGCCAGAUGUGGCCAUGUUUGACUUUACCUGCAUGUACGCCUCUGAGAACGCAGCGAUGGUGUGUCAGCGCAGGGGACACCCUCUGCUGGUCGCUCUGGUGGGGGAUAGUUUACUAGAGCCGUUCUGGCCAAUGGGAACAGGAAUUGCUCGGGGCUUCCUGGGAGCCAUGGACACGGCCUGGAUGGUUCGCAGCUGGGGUCAGGGCAACACCCCUUCACAGGUUCUGGCUGAGAGAGAGAGUGUGUAUCGGUUGCUUCCUCAGACAACUCCAGAAAACGUCAGUAAAAACCACAGCCAGUACAGCAUGGAUCCAGCUAGCCGCUAUCCCAACAUCAAUAUGCAACUCAUCGGCGCUGCUCAGGUGUGUCAUCUCAUAGACACAGGUGAGGGGCCAAUUCUGAGCCUUGACGCAGUCAGCUCUCCACACCCAAGACUUACACGCCAAGGUAUGUGUAACCUCAUAUAUACUGUCUCCCACAUAUACAUUCAUACACAAUCUAACAUGCUGUCUGUGUGUGUAGAGUCAGUCGCUCGUUACAGUAAGCUGCUGAGCUGGUGUCAGGAGCAAACACUCGGUUACAUGAACGUGUGUGUGAUGGACUUCACAACUUCCUGGAGGAGCGGCCUGGCCCUGUGCGCUCUGAUUCACAGAUUCAGACCUGACCUCAUUGAUUUUGCGUCUCUGGAGGAGAGUGAGGCGGAGCUCAAUGGUCAGCUGGGUUUGGACAUGGCGGAGCAGGAAUUUGGUAUUUGUCCUAUAAUGACCGGCAAGGAGAUGAGCACGCUGGAAGAGAGCGACUCUCUUAGCAUGGUCAUGUACCUCAGUCAACUCUAUGAGCUCCUCAAAGACACAGCACCAGCUGGUGGAAACCUGAGCUCAGAAGAGAAAGCUGUACUGUUCUCUAGCACCAGGUCACCCAUCUCACUGCUCAGCAAACUGGGACAGAGUCUGUCCCGCAAACGCAAUCCCAAGGAUAAGAAAGAGAAGGAAACCGAUAGUGUUGGAAAGAGAAGGAGAACAAGCCAGACUGGCCAGUCAGAGGAGGAGGACGUUCCUCAUGAUACCAAAGAAAACAAGACUUCAGAAUUAACUCCUGGUUCAGAACCAAAGGUCGGGGAGGGUCACAGCAAGGUUCGGUCCAUGGCGAUGCAACUGCUGGCUAAAUUUGAGGAGAACUCCCUGUCAGCCUCAGCCACUGCAACACGCCGACAGAGCUACAUUCAGAUGUAUACGGGCGGAGUGAGCUCAUUGGCUCAGCAGAUAGCCAAUCAGAUUCAGAGUCAGCAGGAUCAAGCUCCCAUGAGGAGGGAGUUGGGGUCUCAAAAGGAGUUUCCUGUGAAUAUGGGCGGCAGCGAUGUGUGUUAUUUCUGUGGCCGUCGUGUUUAUGUCAUGGAAAGGCUGAGCGCGGAGGGAAAGUUCUUCCACAGGAGCUGCUUCCAGUGUGACCACUGCAGCACCACGUUACGCUUGUCCAACUACGCUUACGACCAGCUACAUGGGAAGUUUUACUGUAAGCACCACUUCAGCUUCAGAAUGGCUCAGAGAAAGAGACCGGCCCCACCUGUGACCCCUCGACCUACUCAGGCUCCCCCUGCUCCAUCUUCGGCUUCCACGUCUUUUUCCUCUCUAGGGUCAGUGGGCACAGCCACCCCACCAGACAGCUGUUCCUUCAUCGCCCACACAGAUAUGGUAUCCAGCCAGGCCAAGAGAUUGUGUGGUACCCCUGAACGCAUUGAGCUGGAGAACUACAAACCCUGUCCAAAGCAACAGGACAGCCCACUGCAGGAGGUCCCAGAGGAGACGCUUGCACAUCACAACCUCAGCACCAGCGUGCAGGAGAAGAACACAGAGGAGCAGUCCAGUAGCUCUGAGUCAGACCUUGAGGAGGAGGAGCUUGCCUGGAAGAAGGAGGAGGAGCCGAACAUCAGGACCAAUGGAGAGAGAGAGUUAGACCUGGGGAAGGAGCUAAAGGAGGAAGAGGGAGGAGAGAACCAGGAAAAUCAAGAGGAAGAGGAUGCCGAAGAGGAGGAUGAGGAGGAAGAGGAAGAGGAAGAAGAAGGAGGAGGAGUUUCAGAAGAAAGUCAAGACGAGGGAGAUUCUAGUGAUGAGGGUGAGUACUGCCCUUGGCAGAGGGAACGGCUCUCAGGGGUGUGGCUUGAGGAAGAGGAGGCGGAGUUUGUUAAAGCAGAGUCGUUUGAAGGACACAGUGAUGACACCAGCUCAGUCGGAGAGUCCACACCAUGCAACCAACAGGAACAAGAAGAGUCCAUUUCAAUCCACCAGCCACCUGUAGAGUCCCCACCCUCUUUGAAACCACCAGAAUCAGGCCCCACUCCCACAUCUGAGCUAUCGACGAACCCUGAGAACCCACCUGUCAAGAGAUUAGAGGUCGUAGAGGAGUUCUGGCUGAAGAGCGCCGAGAUCAGGAAGAGUUUAGGCCUGACUCCGCUGCCUAGAGAAUGCGACCCCAAACAUACGGCAGCCCAAACAUCUAACGUUAAAGAAAGUUUUUACACCUCAGUCGCCUACAUACCGUCGUGCAAUAUAAAUUCUGCCUACCAAAUGCCAAGAAACUGCGACUCCAGCUCACAAAUGCAAUCUCAAAGUACAUCCCCGCCUGAACCAUCUCACACUAUGGAAGGCGAUGCAGGUGUUGCUUUAGAAGAGACGAUAGGCCGCUGUUCUGUAAUCCACAGACUGAGCAUCACUGUAGAAGGUUGUGUGAUGGGGGACAAGCAGGAUUUGGACCUUAAUUCCACCUCAUUUGGAAAUGAAAGCAUUUUAAAUCCAGACACAGGUCUUCUGACUCCUCCCUACAGCCCAUCUCACUCCCCUCUCGUCGGCAAGCAGUGUUGCGCCCUUCACCAUUCUGAACCGAUACUGGACCGAGAGGUUAUCUUCUUCUCAUCGACCUGUGCUAUUCCUGUUCCAGAGCGGGGCAGCUUUAAUCCCGACCUCGAUCAAGCUCGGAGUCUUCCUCGGGAUGAAAUAGAGAUCCUGUGUGGAGAUGAGGAGGAAGAAGCUUCCAGACUGCCGGAAAGAUCCGGUGUCUCAGAAACCGGAGACAUGGCCAGCCAGAUGGACAACUGUAGGCUGGAGCACAGGAGGACGCUUCCAGACCGGAUGGUCGCCCCACUGCUGGCAGGGGGACCCGAGGUCAGGCUUCGCAGGUCAGAGAUUAAGUUGUGGGGGGCAGACACGUGUGUGGAGGAGAAAGAGAAAAAGUGCAACUCGUUGUUUUCACCCUGUAAAAGCAGGAAGAGCGUGAACGCAGUGACUGAGACUCAGCAGGAGCCAGGAAAGCACAAGUCCCUCUGGAAGACCGUUUGUUCGGUGUAUAAGAAGGACAAAAAGAGGAAGGAGGCUAUGAUGGUGGCAAAAACUUUACCUGCUGCAACCAACGCCGAGAGCAAGCGGAAAGUGUCGGGAAUCAACAGAACCUCAGACUUGUGUUUCCGAAAAAAUCCAAGUUUCUCUGAAGAUACAGACUUGUCCUGCCAUGCUCUUCUAGAAAGAUGUCCUCUUAGGGCUCAGAGAGCAGAAACGGAGGAAGAACUCAAUGCCAAGCUGACACGCCGAGUGGAGAGAGCAGCACGCAGACAGGCCAAGCAGGAGGAGCUGCGGAGGCUGCACAGGGCACAGAUAAUUCAGCGUCAGUUGGAGCAGGUGGAGGUCAAGCAGAGGCAGCUGGAGGAGAAGGGCAUUGCUGUGGAGAAAGCACUCCGAGGCGAAGCAGACUUCUGGGGAGACUCUAGUACAUCUAACCUUUUGGACAUACAUCUGGGUGGAAUGGGAAAGAAAGAUGAUCCUAGCUUAAUGCAUCAAUGGUUUAAACUGGUGCAGGAGAAGAAUGCUCUCGUGCGCUAUGAAUCUGAGCUCAUGAUAUUUGCACGUGAACUGGAGCUGGAGGACAGACAGAGCCGACUGCAGCAAGAACUGAGAGAGCGCAUGGCAGUGGACGACCAGCUGAAGGGGGAGGAUGAGCUGGCGGAGGAGAGGCGUAUAUUGAGUGAGAUGUUGGAUGUGGUGGAGCAGAGGGAUGCACUUGUGGCCUUGCUGGAGGAACAGCGAGUGAGGGAGAAAGAAGAGGACAGUGACCUGGAGGCCAUCAUGCUUUCUAAGGGCUUCAGUCUGCACUGGGACUGACUCGCACAUGCACGAAUCUCAUCAUAAGGCUUGAAGGGCUACUCUAUGUCUGUUUGUGCAACACAAAUACACAGAUGCUCUUUUUCAUUGGACCAGAGAGGCCCAUCCACCUGGACUCUGGCCCGUUUGUGCAACUACAUCGGUGUCUAAAUAAUGAAUCCUUGGACACAGCAAGAGAUUGAUCCAGAGGAAGUCAUUCUUUGAGGUGCAAAAUACAGGCCCUGAUUAGGAGAAAUGGCAAUGUCUUGCUGCCAAAUACUACUGUUCUAGACUGCUACGCUACUAUGCAAAGGAACCUCUUUUUGAUCUCUUUGUUUAAGUUAAGGUACAUCUGUAGUUAUACCCAGAUCCACCAUGUUUUGACUUAACGGACAUUAAUAUGGAAUGGCAUAUAUAACCAUAAUGUUAAUAGACAGCACAGACUGAAGCAUGUAAAAUUAGACAAAAUAAGACCUGUGUUUAUGAAUGAAUCUUUUUUUUUUGGCAACCUGUAUAAGCUAACCUCACACACAACUGUGCAUUCUUAAUAUUCAUUUAUUGGAUGAAAAGUGCUUUUUUUAACUAUCGUAAUUUUCUCUGCAUAAUCUGCUCGCACAGAAUAUAUUUGAAAUUUUGUUGCUGUUAUAUUUAAUUCUAUAAAACUUCCUUGCAUUAAACAACCAUUCUUUUGAGAAAAAUGUAUGGACAAUUACAUAUUUAAUUUGAAGUUUAGUCACCGUUUUGUUUUGUUUUUUGGCAUGAAAACCAUGAAUGUGUUACACUUUGAUUUUCUAUAUUUUUUUUUGUAGUAGUUACCGUUAUAAUGCUAAAA